AUGCCUAAAUUAAAGAAGGGGAAUCAGGACUAUUCCCUACUCCCAGUGCUACUAGCUUUCUGGCUGGCAACUCCCAUAGCGGCUGUCAUUACUUUCUACUUGCUGCAACGAGACCUGCAGGCUCUCUAUUCAGUUGAACUGAUAGCAUUCCUUGCAUCUGCUGUUUUUGGCCUAGUGGGAAUCAAUCCGGAUAGUAAAGGGCCGAUCAUACUUGGAUGUAUCUCGGCCACGCUCGGUACAUUUCUCGGAGUUGCUACUGCAUUCACAGCAAUGGGAGUGUGUAUACCAAUGCAGGCCUUUGUAAUAUGGGAGGGGAAGGUGCAGGGAUUGAACCAGGGUGAAUCGAUGCAGAUAUGCGCAUUGGCCGUUUUCCACUAUGGAGAGUUCGUGUGCAACUACUGUUUCCAGGAUCAUGAGAGUAUAACCGCUGGAUCGAAUUUCACUCAUCGAAUAAGAUUACAAAGGGGCGAUGCACAGCAGCUUAUCACUACAGGAGCAUAUGAACUAUGCCGACAUCCAGGCUAUAGUGGAUGGUUUUGGUGGGCAGUUGGAACGCAAGCAUNNNNUAUAAAAGUUUACAUAUCGGCACGCGGUCGGAUGCAGGAUUCCUCUUAUGGACCUAGCAUUGCAUAG